CUUGAAUAUUUACCUAUGACCGAUAGUGUAACAUAUAAAUAAAAGAAUAAUAAAUACCAGAAGCCCAGGUAGUAAUGCAAUAUUGCUAUGUUAGCUUUCUCAACUCUCAGCUUAAUUAAAAAAUAAAAUAUUUUAUAUUAUUAUUUUUUACUUCAUAAACAAUUUAUUUCAUUAAAGCAUCACUUUAUGAUCAAUAUAUGAGAUAAUUAUUAAUUUUAAUUGACCUCAACUAAAGUUUUCCUUAAAAAAAAUUAAAAUGUUAAGAAGGUAUAUUUUGUACACGACUAAUAAAUUCAUCAAUUGUCGGUAUGUUUCACAAUCAAUGUUACAGUCAACAGUUGAUGAAAAAUCAGGCAUAGCUACUGUGACAAUGAAUAAACCACCCGUUAAUAGUUUAAACCUUGAGUUUUUAGAUGAAAUUAAUACUCAACUUAAUAAAUUACAAAAAGAUAAAAUCCGUGGAAUGAUAUUGACAUCAGGUCUUCAGAAAGUGUUUUGUGCAGGAUUAGACAUAACUGAAUUUUAUAAUCCAAAUCCUGAUAGAUUAUCUAAAUUUUGGACUACCCUACAAGAUACGUGGCUUUCACUUUAUACAACUUCAUUUCCUACUGUAUCUGUCAUUAAUGGCCAUAGUCCAGCAGGAGGUUGCUUGUUUGCCAUGAGCUGUGAUUAUAGAGUCAUGGUUGGGCCAAAUUAUACAAUUGGACUUAAUGAGACUAAAUUAGGAAUUGUUGCUCCAAAAUGGUUUCAAGAUACUAUGGUAGCAGUUAUUGGUCAAAGGAAAGCGGAAGUAUCAUUAACUACAGGAAAAAUGUAUACUACUGAUGAAGCAUUACAAAUUGGUUUGAUUGAUGAAAGUUUGCCAGAUGCAAAUAGUGCUCUUAAAAAAGGAACACAAUUUUUGAAUAAUUUUCAAAAGAUAUCUCCUUGGGCUUAUAAGAUGACUAAAGAUAUUAGUCGUCAGCCAACUGUUCAAUGGUUAAUUGAUAACAAACAAAAAGAUCUUGAUUUUGUUAUUAAAUACAUGCAAUCUCCAACUGUUCAAAAAAAUCUUGAACUUUAUUUACAAUCUUUAAAAAAGUAAGAUAAAAUAAAGUUAUACUUGAAUUUAUAAUUUACUUUUUUUAUAAUAUUAAACAAAUAUAUUAUCGAUUUGUAUAAGAAUAAAAUUAAUGCAAAUCUCA